CUUCAAACAAUUUUAUCCGGAAGGAGGAGGAGGAGAAGGAUAUCAUGAACGCCUUCACCCAAGCUACGUCUCCGCCACUCCACUCCCAAACCACCGCCAAGCCCCGCCUCCGGCCCUCUCUUCCCGUCGUCCGGUCCUGCCUCUCCGGCCGAGAAUCCGUCGCCGACCGCCGCGUUAUCGUCGCCUCCACCCUCGGGCUCGGGCUCGGGCUCUUCGCCGCGGCGGCCCCGGGGGCGCGGGCGGAGAGCUGGGGCACGCGGUCGUUCCUGCUCGAGCGGUUCUUCCAGCCGGGGCUGUCGCCGGAGGACGCGGUGGCGAGGAUCCGGCAGACGGCGGAGGGGCUGCACGACCUCCGGGGCAUGCUCGACACGAUGUCGUGGAGGUACGUCAUCUUCUACAUCCGCCUGAAGUCGGCCUACCUGUCCCAGGACUUGAAGAAUGCGGCCGCGACGCUACCGGAGGGUCGCCGGAGGGCUUACGUGAGCAAGGCGAACGAGCUGGUGGAUAACAUGGCCGAGUUCGAUUACUAUGUCCGUACUCCCAAGGUGUAUGAGUCGUACCUUUUCUAUGAGAAGACAUUGAAAUCGAUCGACGACCUCGUGGAGAUGUUAGCGUAGGAGAAGGAGAAGGCGGGCUCCGUGAUCAUGACCUAAUUUGCAACCGUCGAUUGACGGCGGGGUUUGAAGGCGUGACUCGGCUUCGAGUUGAAGGUGGCUUGAUCUUGCGUGAUCUUUGGCUACAUUCUUUUCCAAGGAAAGUCUCUGUUGCUUUUGAACUCAUGGCUGCUCUUGAUUAGUAUGAAAAUCAGAGCAAUCUCAAAGUACAUAAACGCGCUGUAAAUGAAGCUGAUGUUUUAUAGAGAGGCUGAUUCUUUUGCUGUC